GCCCCAGGUUCCUAGCUAUCCUCCCCUGCUGCAGGUGCCCCAGGUUCCUAGCUACCCUCCCCCGCUGCAGGUGCCCCAACCCCAGGUUCCCCAGAUGCAGCAGCAGCCUGGCUAUCAUCCCCAGCAGCAGCAGCUGCAACAGCCCCAGGUUCCUAGCUAUCCUCCCCUGCUGCAGGUGCCCCAGGUUCCUAGCUAUCCUCCCCCGCUGCAGGUGCCCCAACCCCAGGUUCCCCAGAUGCAGCAGCAGCCUGGCUAUCAUCCCCAGCAGCAGCAGCCGCAACAGCCCCAGCGACCCAAGCAGCAGCCUGGCUAUCCUUCCCAGCAGCAGCCACAACAGCCCCAGCGUUCCAAGCAGCACCAGCAGACUGGGUAUCCUCCCCAGAAGCAGCCGCAACAGCCCCAGGUUCCCCAGCAACCGCAGCAGCCUGGCUAUCCUGCCCAGCAGCAGGUGCCCCAGGUUCCUAGCUAUCCUCCCCAGCCGCAGGUGCCCCAGGUUCCUAGCUAUCCUCCCCAGCCGCAGGUGCCCCAGGUUCCUAGCUAUCCUCCCCAGCCGCAGGUGCCCCAGGUUCCUAGCUAUCCUCCCCAGCCGCAGGUGCCCCAGGUUCCUAGCUAUCCUCCCCAGCUGCAGGUGCCCCAGGUUCCUAGCUAUCCUCCCCAGCUGCAGGUGCCCCAGGUUCCUAGCUAUCCUCCCCAGCCGCAGGUGCCCCAGGUUCCUAGCUAUCCUCCCCCGCUGCAGGUGCCCCAACCCCAGGUUCCCCAGAUGCAGCAGCAGCCUGGCUAUCAUCCCCAGCAGCAGCGGCCGCAACAGCCCCAGGUUCCCCAGCGACCCAAGCAGCAGCCUGGCUAUCCUCCCGAGCAACAGCCCCAGGUUCCCCAGUGGCCCAAGCAGCAGCCUGGCUAUCCUUCCCAGCAGCAGCCGCAACAGUCCCAGGUUCCCCAGCAGCCUGGCUAUCCUGCCCAGCAGCAGCGUCCGCAACAGCCCCAGGUUCCCCAGCAGCAGCCGCAACAGCCUCAGCGAUCCAAGCAGCAGCCUGGCUACCGUCCCCAGCAGCAGCCGCAACAGCCCCAGCGAUCCAAGCAGCAGCCUGGCUACCGUACCCAGCAGCGGCCACAACACCCCCAGGUUUCCCAGCGACCCAAGCAGCAGUCCCAGGUGUUCCAAGAGUCUUUUUACAUGCCCCAGAUGCCACGUUACCUGGCCAAGCAGCCACGUUAUAGUAAUUAUUGAACUUUGGCCCAAGGAGCUCUCCAAAUGGCUUCAAAUUGGUACAGAGCCACUGAAGAUCAUGGAUAUGAACUUCAAUUAAAUCCACAGCAGCAAUCUGAGAUUCAGGCUUUCAAAUACAGACUUUACUCAAAUCCAUGUCUUGUGUUUCAGGUAUCGCAACACUGGCAUUUCUUAAAAGACUUCUUCCAACUGAACCAUUGUCUUGACUUGUCAAUAA